CCUGGAUCCAAAAAUUCCUCUCAAAGAGCGAUAUUGAUCGAGGGAGUUUUUGUACAGUAUAGCGUCUCACAGGAGCAUGCUAUUCGCCCACCUCUCGAACGUAUUUGCUGAGCACCCCACCCUCCCUCCUUCGCUCUAGAAUUGCGUUUUCAUGGUGAAAACCUAUUUUCUCCCUUUCUACUCCGGUGCCGAGAUCUUGCAUUAAAAAUGGCAGAGAAGAGAUGGAAGUAGCAGAGACGCAAGAAUGGUGGAACAAGGUGCGGCGUAUGGUCUCUCUCUCUGGGAUCGAGCUUUAUGUGUAUUGACACUCAGUUUCUAGUAAUGGGUUGAUAAGCCAUCACCUGGGCUUUUAGGUUUUGCAAUGGCAAGUCAUCAUCGGAUUCAUAUAAGUUGUUCUUCAUUGCGUGGCUUUAUUUCCUUUCUAAUAUCAGCUAGUUUGGUUAUUUGUGUUGCUGUACCAUCUUAUGCUACUGAGGUCAAUGGGACUUAUGCAACAACAUAUUUUCAUGAAUCCAGUACUUCAACUUUAGUUUGUUGUCUUCCAAGCUCCGAGAAGCUUCUCAUUGAUUAUGCUAUGAGGAAACAUGGUUUUCCAUUAGAUUCAGUUAUUUAUGGAUCCACUAUAGUGCCAAACAUAGGUUCCCAAGAGCCUUGUAAACAGAUGGAGCUCAAUCUUGGUUCAAUCCUAAGUCUGAGAACUCUACGGAGGCAACUGAUUGGGCAAGGUUCUCAUCGCCAAUUAGCUUCUUCCAUUGUGUUUGACAUUCAAGCAAAUGGGCCCGACCAGCUCCGAGUACAUUCUUGUGAACUAGUUUUAAUCCAAAGGCUGCAGAGUGGAGUGUUUGCAGACCCCUUUGAGCUACAACACCUGGUUCGACGUGGUGUUUUUGUUGAUGUUGGUGUUUUUGGAGAUACGAAUCUAGAGUUACCUUCAGCUCAUUCAGGUCAGUCGGUUAUUGAGGUUCAUGUAAGUAUCGAUUGGGAUAGCAUCUUAGCAAGACAAAAGAGAGAACUGGAAAUCGCUGUUGAGCUGCCCCUACAUGCACGCUACCCUCCUAUUGGUGAAGAUAGUCAUGCUACAGUUGAAAUUGUGUUGUCAGAUUCCAUUAUUUGUUGUAAAAGGGGAAGUAUUGACGAUAAGGAGUGUUCAUGGUUUGGUGGUGCAGAAGCCACAACUUCAGAUGUAGUUCAGUGGCGAGUACCGUGUGGAAAUGAGGUACAUUCGGUCUAUGUAUCCACUAUAACAGCAUUGUCAGCUUCGCUUUCUGCUUUGGUAAUUGUUUAUGCUUCUUUGUAUGCAUCAAAGUCCAAAUAAAAGCUCAAUAUGAUCA